GCAAGCAACCAUCUGCCAGGCACUCGAAACUAUUGUUGAACCUUAUUCUUGACAUUUUUCCUGUUUAAUUUUAACGUACAAUCUUGUCAUUCAAGUUUAAGUUGUUGUGUAAGACGCACAUAUUUAUUCAACGUUAAUUUACCAAAAACAUUAUACGUGUUAGUCUAAAACGCAUUCUAACAAUUCUAACAAUCAACAUGCUGAUAUUAAUUGCUAAGUUAUAUUUCAUGGUUGCAGUCAUACAUGUUACGCAAGGAACAAAACUUUCAAGGUUGAAAAGGCAUGACGGGGAGUGGAAUUAUGACUACAUUGAUUCCCUGGAUACAACGACUACUUUGAAUAUUGCUGAGAGACAAUUACCAUCUUUACCAUCAACAACCACUUUACCACCGAACCCAUGCCUGGAUCCUAAGCCUGUGCAGCCAGAUUUCUCUGCGCCAGGACGCAGAAUAAGUGUAACAAAAUGCUACGAGUAUAUCUGGCAGUUAAAAGACCGUUAUGAUGAUAUUAACAGAACAAAGACAUGUUUAGAAUAUAAUACUAAGUAUUUCGGCGUGAAAUAUGUCAUUGGAGGCCGAUUUACACUACCUGGGGAAUUCCCUCACAUGGGUGCUAUAGGAUGGAAAAGUGUCACUGACACAUGGUUAUUUAAUUGUGGGAGCACCCUUAUAAGCCCCAAGUUUGUGCUAACUGCUGGUCAUUGUAUAAAAGCAUCUCCAAGAGAUUCCCGAAUUGCUGACUUAGUACCUAAAAUCAUAAGGUUCGGUGUUAAAAACCUAGAAAGUGUUAAUGAUUACGUUGACAGAUCUAUCACUAAAAUCAUACCGCAUCCUCAAUAUAAACCUCCGAGGCAAUACUUUGAUAUAGCUUUAAUGGAAUUAUCGGGAGCACUGAUAUUCAGUAAUGUCAUACAACCGGCUUGUUUGUGGAGUAAGAACGACGAUAGUUUUGGAAAUCUAGCCACUGUCACUGGUUGGGGGGUUUAUAUAAAUGGUAAUCUGAACACAUCUGUUGAACUGCAAGCAGGUGAUAUCUAUAUCGUCAAUUCAUACGCCUGUGAUCAAUACUUAAGUUCAUCCAAUAACAGACAUUGGGUUGGAUUAAUGGACCAUCAGCUCUGUGCUGGGAAACUGGAAGGAGGCGUUGACGCAUGUCAGGGUGACUCAGGUGGACCAUUGCAAGUAAGGAUUCCAUUACCAGAACCAUAUAAUAAAGGUGAAGCAAAGGUACACUAUGUCAUUGGAGUAACGUCUUUUGGUAUCGGCUGCGCUUGGCCAAACUUACCCGGAGUGUACACUAGAGUGUCCAGCUUCCUGGAUUGGAUCGAAAAUAUUGUAUGGGCAAACAAAUAA